UGGCCACUCGUUUUUAUAUAUUCAUUUCUUAAUUCUUAAUUUUCUUCUAUUCUCUCUUCUUCUCCCAAGUCCUACCUCACCAGAAGAGGCCAGAGAGAAUAAUUGCUCUGAUAAUUGAAAGAAAUUGUUUUUCUCUUUACAUUUUGACUUUGCUUUGAUUCGCUCCCUGCCUCUUCACAAAAAUCGGCCUGCCGAUUGCUCUCUCUUCAUCUCCUUCUCAAGAUUACACAUUCACCUUCCCCAUCGUGCAAAUUAAGAUCUGUGCUUUGACCUCUAACAGGUUCAGCCUUUCUCCCUCCUUUGCUCUUUUUUCCUUUUUCUCAUCUGAAAAUCUCUGCUGCCUCUGGUCGCCGGCUGGCGAUCUUUUCGGGUUGUCUUAGAGAUUAAGGUUUUCAGGUUAAUGGGUUCGAGUUUUCUUCCCACGAGACGCCAUUGAAGUUCCUCAAUCUCCAUCUCUUUUGCUCGCUAAAUACUUCAAAUCUUUUUGUAAUUUUCCGCUUCCUAUCUCUCUAUGCGUGGCUCGGGGAUUGGACUCUGUAAUGCUGAGGUCAGAGAUUUCCCAAACAGGGUCUAGCAGCCUCUCCGGUCAAUUGGGUCGCUUCAAUUUCUGGCGCUACAGAUCGUAGAGAAUCAAUUUCCUCAGAGAUCUAGAACUCUCGCUGGUUUCGGAUUCACACACUUUUUACAUUACUGAGCUGAGGGAGAAGAGUAGAGAGAAGAGUGACAUUGAAGAUGUUGAGGAUGAGGAAUAAUAAUAUCAACAAGACAAAUGGGUUUUCACCUAUGAACGGAAGCUCGGGAGUGGCCGGCGCCGGCGCCGAGUCAAGGUCUCACGAGUGGGAAAUGAGACCGGGAGGAAUGCUGGUCCAGAAGCGAACCGCCGACUCGGAUCGGAACUCGGCUCUGGUGCCGACAAUUAGAGUUAGGGUUAAAUACGGGUCAAUCUACCACGAAGUCAAUAUUAGUUCUCAAGCUACAUUUGGGGAAUUGAAGAAGAUGCUAUCAGGGCCAACAGGGUUACAUCACGAAGACCAGAAGCUAUUUUUUAAAGACAAGGAGAGAGAUUCAAAAGCGUUUCUUGAUAUCACGGGGGUCAAGGACAAAUCGAAGCUAGUUCUGACGGAGGACCCUAUCAGUCAAGAGAAAAGGUUGCUGGAGAUAAGGAAGAAUGCGAAGAUGGAGAAAGCUGCAAAAUCUAUCUCUCAAAUCAGCUUGGAAGUAGAUAGGCUCGCAGGACGGGUGUCUGCUCUUGAUUCAAUAAUUAGUAAAGGUGGCAAAGUCGCAGAAUCAGAUGUUCUUGGUCUUAUUGAACUUUUGAUGAACCAAUUGCUCAAGUUGGACGGUAUUAUUGCUGAUGGAGAUGUCAAACUGCAGAGAAAAAUGCAGGUGAAAAGAGUUCAGAAGUAUGUUGAAACUCUGGACAUGUUGAAGAUCAAGAACUCUAUGCCCGGUAGCAAUGGAGGCGAUGCUCCAAUGCAGCAGCCUCAACACAAGAAAAAUUCAAAUGGCCAGAGCCGAUUAGCCCCAAUUCAUGAACAGCCUUUACAGAUGCAAUCAAACGAGCAUAUUGAUCUAUUAACCCCAAUUGAGGAGCCACAAUUUUCCCAACCGAGGAACUCAAAUGGGCAUUCUCCAUUGAUUCAGCAGCAACAAGCAUCAGCAGAUUCUUCUUCAACCUCAGGUGUUGUAGUUACCACCAAGUGGGAGACAUUCGAGCCUGCACCACCAUUGAUCCCGGCGACAUCGUCAACCUCGGCGAACAAUAAUUCCGUCCAUCCCAGGUUUAACUGGGAAUUCUUCGACUAAAUAUAUCAGUGAAGCAUACCACGUGUCUUGUAAUUGUGUGGAUGUGAUUUGGGUUUGUGUUCCUUCCACUCGGAGUGUUAAAUGUUUCUUCUAAAUUCUUUUCUGUAUUUAGAUUUGUUUAGCAACCCUACCAGCCUGCCCUUUAGUUCAACGGAAAUAAAUGGUGUUGCUAUGAAUUUUUCUUUUCCUUUUUUCUUUUUGUAAUUUUUGGUAUCAUGGUCAGGUGUCCUUGGAUCUUGUCCAAGACUAUAUUAUACCUUCCUCAGCAGUCAUAAACGAUUGCUAUGGUAUUGAUAAUCAUAAAUCUGUUCCUUUCCUGUGA